AUGGCAAAACAGAUACAUUCAACGGAUCCAGAAGAGCUUCAGUCGAUAAGACUUCUUACCUUUAAUACAUGGGGGCUCAAGUAUGUAUCAAAACAUCGUGAGGAACGACUCCGGGCAAUUGCUGAUCGUUUAGCUGAUCCAGAGACUGAUGAGGACAAUUAUCAUGUUGUUGCCUUACAAGAGGUUUGGUGUGAAAGUGAUUGGGCAUACUUUGAUGCUGUUUGUCGAAGCAACUACCCGUAUCGUAGAAUAUUUAAAUCGGGGAUAAUUACCGGUCCUGGUUUAGCAAUACUCUCCAAGAUUCCAAUUGAUGAAACAUUCUUAUAUAGAUUCCCGGUUAAUGGAAGACCAUCAGCUUUCUUUAGAGGUGAUUGGUUUGUUGGUAAAUCAUUAGCGGUCACGUUACUCAAGCCACAUACUUCUAAUGCAAUUCCACUAGCAUUAUUGAAUAGUCACAUGCAUGCUCCUUAUGCACAAUCUGGAGAUGCUAGUUAUUCAACGCAUAGAGCUUGUCAGGCGUGGGACUUAUCCAAAGUAGUUAAAACAUUGACUAAAGCAGGAUAUGCAGUUAUUCAGGUGGGUGACUUGAAUUCAAAACCAGGUUCGUUACCUUAUAAGUUAUUCACCAUUGAAGGCGGGCUCACUGAUUCAUGGGAUGUUUUGAAUGAAUCCAAUCCAAUUAGUUCUGUUGAAUUAAGCCAAAUGUCCCCUUAUGAUCAAAUAAUGAAAGGAGGUAUUACGUGUGACUCCCAAUUGAAUACUUGGAGAGCUACAAGAAGAUUAGAUGAAGCAUGUAGAUUGGACUAUGCUUUAAUUGAUUCAAAUUUAAUUAGGCCAAUUGGCGCAAAAGUGAAAUUCACCGAAACUUUACCUCCUCCUUUGAAUUGUUCUUAUUCCGAUCAUUUUGCAUUCAGCGCCGACUUAUUGAUAAGUAAUCAAAAUGAAAGUUUCGGUGGGAAGCAUGAUAGGAUUCCUGAAAAAUUCGAAAUUUAUCAUGAAUUACAAUCAGAAAUUCAAAAAUAUCGAAAUGAAACUAUUCCUUAUCAGUCAAAUUGGCGUAAAUGGCAUUUUCUUUUAUCUUUGAUUGUUGUUAUAUUAAUCCAUGUUGGAAUUACAUGGGCUGCAAUUCGCCAACCUUGGUCACCGGUAUUAUUAUCCUUAUUAAGUACGGUGGUUGGUAUAACUGGUGUCAUCAAUGGUAUGAUUUGGUACUUUGGUAUCAGAUCCGAACUGAGAGCCUUACAAGAAGUUCAAUUGGAAGUUGAAGAUAAGCUUUUUUCACUAAAGAAUGAAUAAUGAAAGUCUAUAGAGUAGAUAGAAUGCAUUCUUUAUUAAUAAUUAAUACUUAAUACUUAAUACUUUAAAAUUAAUGUAUUCCAUCUGGGUUCUCUACUUCUUCCGGUUUACCUGAUGAACUAUUGUUCACGUAAAGCACAUAGCCAAAGACUUAUCCUCUGAGCCAACUUCUCUCUCAGUUUGGGCAAUAAACUUUCAAAAACAAGGCGUAUCUUCCCUUCUUAAUGCCGCUGAUGAGAUAGGUGUUGCGUUAAGAUGGCUAACUGAAUCUACCGGUGAAACAUGUUUCUUCUACAUUUUUUAAUGAUUAAUAUUCAAAAGGCAUAUAUUUAUUUAUAAAACAAAAGCUAACUAAGAGUAAG